UAAAAAAGAAAAAAGAGAGAGGCAUGUGAGAUUUGUGAUUGGAAUGCACGUGAAGUAUAUACUUUUAAUUCGGUUGGAAACUUACAACCUCCUGAAGACUCAGGCCGUUCCAUAGGGGCGAAUGGCUGCGGGAUGAGCUUCCUAACUUCAACAAGUGAAGUGAGAAUUGCUAUUUCUGGUGUAUAUAUAUAUAUAUAUAUUUCUAGUGCAAUGGCUUCCAAUGGUACCAAAGGGCAUACAUGUCCAUUUCCGAUGAAAGCUACAUCGAAUGGAGUAUUCCAGGGGGAUAAUCCUCUUGAUUUUGCACUCCCUCUCGCCAUUUUGCAGAUAUGCCUGGUGGUUGUAGUCACACGAGGCCUUGCCCUUCUGCUGAGGCCAUUAAGACAGCCACGUGUGAUUGCAGAGAUUAUUGGAGGAAUAUUACUUGGGCCAUCAGCGCUUGGUCGAAACAAAAACUAUUUGCAGGCCAUUUUCCCACCCAAGAGCAUCACGUUGUUAGAUACAUUAGCAAACCUUGGUCUACUGUUCUUUUUAUUUCUCGUAGGCAUAGAAUUGGAUCCUAAAUCCCUACGUCAGACGGGAAAAAAAGCCCUUAGCAUUGCCAUAGCAGGAGUUAGCCUCCCAUUUAUCUUAGGAAUCGGUUCUUCAUUUGUCAUCCGAGAAACUAUAGCAAAAGGUGUAGGCGGGACUUCAUUUCUCAUAUUCAUGGGUGUAGCCCUUUCCAUAACUGCCUUCCCUGUCUUAGCUCGUAUAUUGGCAGAGCUGAAACUUUUAACCACCGAUGUCGGGCGAAUGGCCAUGUCAGCUGCAGCGGUCAAUGAUGUGGCUGCAUGGAUUCUACUUGCUCUUGCAAUUGCCCUAUCAGGAAAAAAUCUUUCCCCACUUGUCUCAGUUUGGGUCUUCUUGUGUGGCUGUGUUUUUGUUAUUUGUUCGAGUCUUAUUGUGCCUCCAAUCUUCAAAUGGAUGGCUCGGAGAUGCGACGAGGGUGAGCCAGUGGAAGAGAUGUACGUAUGUGCUACCUUAGCUGCUGUACUUGCAGCUGGGUUUAUUACUGAUGCCAUUGGAAUUCAUGCUAUGUUUGGUGCUUUUGUGAUUGGAGUUCUUGUCCCAAAGGAAGGGCCAUUUGUUGGUGCUCUUGUAGAAAAAGUUGAAGAUCUCGUAUCUGGUCUCUUUCUCCCUCUGUAUUUUGUCUCAAGUGGACUGAAAACAAAUGUAGCCACAAUCCAAGGGCUUCAGUCAUUGGGUGUCCUUGUUUUGGUCAUAUUUACAGCCUGUUUUGGGAAAAUUGUUGGUACGGUUGUAGUUUCUGCACUUUACAGAGUACCUUUUCGUGAAGCUCUUGCAUUGGGCUUCCUAAUGAACAGCAAGGGCUUGGUGGAACUUAUAGUCCUCAACAUCGGAAAGGAUAGAAAGGUAUUAAAUGAUCAAACAUUCGCCAUCAUGGUUGUCAUGGCCCUCUUCACUACCUUCAUCACCACACCCCUAGUAAUGGCCGUGUAUAAGCCUGCAAAAAGGGCAAGUAAAGCUGAUUACAAGCAUAGAACAAUAGAGAGGAAAAAUCCGAAUACUCAGCUUCGAAUCCUGGCCUGUUUUCGUAGUUCUAGAAACAUUCCAUCGGUGAUAAAUCUCGUCGAGGCCUCACGAGGAGUUGAGAAGCGUGAAGGUCUUUGCGUGUAUGCAUUGCACCUCAUGGAGCUCUCUGAAAGGUCAUCAGCCAUACUAAUGGCCCACAAGGCAAGAAAGAACAGACAACCGUUUUGGAAUAUGGGUCAGCAAUCAAAUUCAAACCAUGUUGUUGUGGCUUUUGAGGCUUUCCGGAGGCUGAGCCAGGUGUCAGUAAGGCCAAUGACAUCAAUCUCUUCACUGUCAGACAUGCACGAGGACAUUUGCACUACUGCUGAGAGGAAAAGAGCAGCUUUCAUAAUUUUACCAUUUCACAAGCACCAGAGAUUGGACGGCACGCUAGAGACUACACGAAUUGAAUUUCGGUAUGUUAAUAAGAGGGUACUCGAACACGCACCAUGCUCAGUUGGGAUCCUACUCGACCGUGGGCUUGGUGGAUCAAUCCAUGUAUCUGCAAGUAAUGUUGCUUACUUCAUCACAGUUCUCUUCUUCGGAGGCCGUGAUGAUCGUGAAGCCCUUGCUUACGGGGCUCGAAUGGCUGAGCACCCUGGCAUAAGAUUAACAGUCAUUCGCUUCUCUGUGGAAACGGAGGGUGUAGGAGAGAUUGUAAGAGUCGAUGUGGAUGGCAAUUCUAUCACGAAAUUGGGUUCAACAGAUGAAGAGUAUCUUAGCGAGUUCAAGGAAACAAUUUCAGAAGACAGCUCAAUCAAAUAUGAAGAGAAAAUUGUAAGAAAUGCUGUAGAAGCCAUUGCUGUGGUCCAUGAGUUCAGUCGCUGCAGCCUCUUUUUGGUUGGUCGUACGCCUUUUACUGAAUUAGCCUUAGCAUUAAACCGGAAUAAUAGUGAAUGCCCAGAGUUGGGACCUGUAGGAAAGGUUGCUUGCAUAGAAUUGGAUCCUAAAUCCCUACGUCAGACGGGAAAAAAAGCCCUUAGCAUUGCCAUAGCAGGAGUUAGCCUCCCAUUUAUCUUAGGAAUCGGUUCUUCAUUUGUCAUCCGAGAAACUAUAGCAAAAGGUGUAGGCGGGACUUCAUUUCUCAUAUUCAUGGGUGUAGCCCUUUCCAUAACUGCCUUCCCUGUCUUAGCUCGUAUAUUGGCAGAGCUGAAACUUUUAACCACCGAUGUCAGGCGAAUGGCCAUGUCAGCUGCAGCGGUCAAUGAUGUGGCUGCAUGGAUUCUACUUGCUCUUGCAAUUGCCCUAUCAGGAAAAAAUCUUUCCCCACUUGUCUCAGUUUGGGUCUUCUUGUGUGGCUGUGUUUUUGUUAUUUGUUCGAUUCUUAUUGUGCCUCCAAUCUUCAAAUGGAUGGCUCGGAGAUGCCACGAGGGUGAGCCAGUGGAAGAGAUGUACGUAUGUGCUACCUUAGCUGCUGUACUUGCAGCUGGGCUUAUUACUGAUGCCAUUGGAAUUCAUGCUAUGUUUGGUGCUUUUGUGAUUGGUGUUCUUGUCCCAAAGGAAGGGCCAUUUGCUGGUGCUCUUGUAGAAAAAGUUGAAGAUCUCGUAUCUGGUCUCUUUCUCCCUCUGUAUUUUGUCUCAAGUGGACUGAAAACAAAUGUAGCCACAAUCCAAGGGCUUCAGUCAUUGGGUGUCCUUGUUUUGGUCAUAUUUACAGCCUGUUUUGGGAAAAUUGUUGGUACGGUUGUAGUUUCUGCACUUUACAGAGUACCUUUUCGUGAAGCUCUUGCAUUGGGCUUCCUAAUGAACAGCAAGGGCUUGGUGGAACUUAUAGUCCUCAACAUCGGAAAGGAUAGAAAGGUAUUAAACGAUCAAACAUUCGCCAUCAUGGUUGUCAUGGCCCUCUUCACCACCUUCAUCACCACACCCCUAGAAAACUCUUAUGCCUUUAAAAUGUCAAAAUCUUUGAAUCUAUGA